GAAACGGAACGGAGAAAGACGAGAGAGAACGCAAAACGCAAAGCGAGAGCUUAGCUGUUUACGUUACUAGUAUCGCUAAUGUUGAGAGUUGUGAAGUGAUAAAUUCCAAGUUUUAAAACUGCUUUGUAUGUCUACACAUUUGGAAGACUUUAAUCACAGAUUCAAGAUAUUCCUGACUGAGUGUGAAAGUAUAUUGAAAUCGAGGACUAAGUUAUAACCAAAUCGCAUGUAACUUACUAUUGUUUUUAUUUAUAAACUGUACAUAUUUAUUGAAGUUAAGGGAUUUAUCCCUUUGUGAGUGUUAGUGAAAGACUCGGCCAAGUUUGGCCAUUGUUGCCCUGUUUUUGCAAAAUAACUCUGUCAGAAUGAUGACCGAAAACAGCAUGAUGCUGGGCCAAAACCAUGUCGGGACCCUGCCCAAGACACAGAUGAACAAUGGACAGCAAGCAAUCGCUCACUCCAGUGCAAACUUGAGCAGUUCUAAACAAGACAAACUGGAUGAAUUGCUGUUAAAAGCAAAGCAAAAUAUUCCUCAAGAUAAGAGAAUAAAGACAAGUGAUGUGACAGACACAAAAGGUAACGAAUUUGAGGAAUUCUGUGUCAAAAGAAAUCUCCUGAUGGGCAUUUUUGAGAAGGGUUGGGAAAAACCUUCACCUAUCCAAGAGGUCACCAUUCCUCUGGCCAUGGCGGGCAAAGACAUUUUGGCUCGAGCGAAAAACGGAACAGGAAAAACAGGAGCGUAUUCAAUACCAGUUUUAGAGCAAGUGGAUCCCGACAAGGAUUAUAUACAAGCACUAGUGAUAGUCCCUACGCGGGAGUUGGCGCUUCAGACUAGUCAGAUUUGUAUAGAGUUGGCCAAGCACAUGAAUGUCCGAAUCAUGGUGACCACAGGAGGCACAAACCUCAGGGACGACAUCAUGAGGAUUUACCAGAAAGUCCAUGUAAUCAUCGCUACCCCGGGCCGAAUCUUGGACUUGAUGGACAAGAAUGUUGCAAACAUGGAUCACUGCAAAGUGCUUGUACUAGACGAGGCUGACAAGCUACUAUCCCAAGACUUUAAAGGAAUGUUGGACCACGUGAUUGCUCGUUUGCCUGAGAAUCGGCAGAUUCUGCUAUAUUCUGCCACUUUCCCCCUCACUGUUAAACAGUUUAUGGAGAAGCACCUCAAAAGCCCUGAAGAGGUAAACCUCAUGGAAGAAUUGACCCUUAAAGGUGUCACACAGUAUUACGCCUUUGUUCAAGAAAGGCAAAAAGUUCACUGUCUCAAUACUCUAUUUUCUAAGUUGCAAAUCAACCAAAGCAUCAUCUUCUGCAACUCUACUCAGCGAGUGGAGUUGUUGGCCAAGAAGAUCACAGAGCUGGGCUACUGUUGCUACUACAUUCACGCCAAGAUGGCACAAGCUCACCGUAACCGGGUGUUCCACGACUUCCGAGCUGGCCUCUGCAGAAACCUAGUCUGCUCUGAUCUGUUCACUCGAGGUAUUGACGUGCAAGCUGUGAACGUCGUCAUCAACUUUGAUUUCCCCAAGAUGGCCGAGACAUAUCUUCACCGUAUCGGUCGGUCAGGCAGGUUUGGACACUUGGGUAUCGCAAUCAACCUCAUCACCUAUGAGGAUCGUUUUGCUCUGCACAGAAUUGAACAGGAGUUGGGAACUGAAAUCAAGCCUAUACCCAAGGUGAUUGAUCCAGCCUUAUAUGUUCCCAAGAUGAUCGAAGAGGGUAUCGAAGAGGGGAACAUCAGUAAAUAAGCUCUUCUGUCCGAUGUACAUAGCUCUUCACAUACUGACGCCCAUAUUUUUCUACGAGUAAACAGUGUCAUGAACAAAACAAACAUUUUUAGUUACUCAUCGAAUUUUGAUACAAUUUAUAUACAGAGAUUUCGUUGUUCAUUCAUCCGUCAACUUUUAGGUAUUAAUUAGGGUUACGGGCCUCAUUGAAAUUCACGUGCCGAGAGGAAACAGUUUCCAUCAAUUAUUAUGUGCUCCAUAUACAUUGCAGUUUAAAAUAUUUGUGUGGCUUUACAUUUUCAACUCUAGUCUUUUAACAUCUUUGGAUCUCCUGGGGUUGAAGGUGUUGAGUUCACAAAUUUUCUUCUUACUUUUCUACAUUUAUUUAUAACUAUUGCUUGAGAUUUGUCAGACAUUUUUAAUAACACAACCUGUUUUUAAUAAAGAAAACAGAACAAUUUAAUAGAUCUGACACGAUAUUUAUGUUCUAACUUGUUGUUCACUUAUAGUUAUUUAUUUCCUUUUUAUUCGUAAAGGUUUUGCAAUUUUAUAAUUUUUUUGUUAAGUUAAUAAACAUCACUUAUCAUAUUUGUACUGAUAGAUUAUAUUCUUUAGGCUACACCAUCUUUGGUACUAACUGUUCUCUCUCGGAUUUGUCGUGUUCGAUAAAAGUUUAAAUACAUAAUCCAGUGAGUUCUUCGGGGACAUUAACAGUGAAAAGUGAUUUGUAAAUAGUUAUUCUUCUUAUGAUUGAGAAUCAUUGAAUCAGGAAUCACAAAGGGAAGAUUAGUUUUGUUUGAAACGUGAUUGGAGGAAAAAACUUUCAAAGACUAAUGUUACAGUUCCUCCAAUUCUCGUUUGAUUGAAAUAUUUUGUGUUGAAGAAUCGUCUGUGAAGAAUUGAUUUAUGUUGUCUGGAGAUCCAAAUGUCUGAGGAAGUGUCGCAGCCGCCUCUGGACAGCUCUGCUGUGUUGCUGCAUCUACGAGCGACAGUGUUGAGUUCAGCCCUCUCAACACUAACUACAAAUUCUAAAGUCUAAAGUUACUAUCAUGUAGCAUUGGUUGAUUAAUGUUCAAUUACUGUUGAUCUAUAUUUAGUUUAAAAUAAUAUACUAAAUACUUUUUUUAAAAGGGCCAAAACAUGUUGCUGCCCGCAUGUUACAAAAUUUCAAUUUUCAUUCAAGGAUUUAGUACUCCAUGUUAUUACGGUGUAGUUCCUUGGUUAAACUGUUGCUCCAUCGUCUGAUGGUUUCGUUAAAAUAAUUGUUAAGUGUAACUAAAUUAAUCAAACCUAUUGGUAGAGUGAUUAAUUGGCUGAGUUUCAUUAAAGGGUAGCGCUUAAACAUUUCUUUUAUACUUUUUUUAUUUCGGUUGUGACAAGUGUUUACCAAAGUCGCAGAAAGUGUGGUCUUCGGCAUGGCGAGUGCUGCCUAAUAGGGAGAAAUACUUUUGAGUUUUUACUAUUUGUUUGAGAUUAUUUAUCUUUUCACUCCGCUCCUGCCCAGGCCACACCUGUGCUAUCGCGCAGACAUUCUGAGCUCCUUCCCACCUGGCUUUCGGAAGCAAUUAUCACAACCUGAAAGACAAUCGAAAACUAGUUCUUCUAGUCUUCUUGAAAAAACCAGAAAAAAAUAAAAUGUGGUAAAUUAUAGAACUGUAAGCACCAGUUGUAAGAUUUAAUUUUACUUCAUGCAAACUGAUAAUUUUUCACAAAGAGCCUAAGAAUUUGAUAUAUUUUAUGGCCAGUAAUGUGAUAAUAAUUUAUUUAGCAUAGUUAUUUUCAAUGUGUAAUAGAUCAAUACAUUAAUUUUAUUAUUACCUAACCUGUUGUUUCUGACAAAAUCAUUGGCAUUGUAUGAUUUUCAUCAUGUAUUUUUCAGGUUAAGAAAUUACUGUAGGUAUUUUAAAGAUAAAAAUCAAAUGUUAAAUUGAGGAAGGAGAUUAAUAAUCACACAAACACGCCUAUAUUUAAAUUUUAGUCCUGCAAUGUUGCAUCAUUAUAGAGUAGAAGCCAUUUUAUUGUACAGGUAUUUUAAAAGAUUUUUUAACGGAUGACAUUUUAAUAUAUUUUGUGAUACUCCCUUGCAUGAAGUUGGUUACCAUAAUUUCAAUGCAGCAGUAGUUAUAUUCAGUUAACUGUGAUCUCUGAAUACUAUAUCUCUAUGAUUUAUGUUUUUAUAUAUAUAUAAUUUCUGUACACUUAUGUUACUUUUAAGAUAAGUACAUUUUUCUCCCAUUUAAAAAUAUAAACACAAAUCUAUUGUGAGUCACCAACAGUACAACUAACUGGUUUGUGCAAAACAAAUUCCAUAAAAAGAGUGGAAUUAGAUUCCACUCUCUAAAAAGUAUCAUGUAACUAUAAAAUAAGAUUUAGCCCAUUUAGUUUACUGCUUGUAUUUGAUAGGCUGUCAUCAGGGAGUUUUUAAAAUGUGUAUUGUAUUGAUGUUUCAUUAAUGGACUGAAGUCAAUGUUAUUGUUUCUUUAAAAAAAUUCAGCUAUUAAUUGUUGAGUCAUGAUAGUUUUUGUAUGUUAGUUGAACGAUUCACCAUUGUCUACAGUAGGCCUACUUUACAAACAUAAUUUAUUUGUCUAUUUCUGUUUUCGUCUUUGGUAAAAUGUUAAAUCAAUACACGUAGGUGGCAACUGGUGCUUUAUGAUGGCUUAUUUCUGAAAUGUAUCUUCAUUUGAUUUAAAAUUUAUAGAAAAUAGAAGUACGUCCAAUUUUUUCAGGUAAUUAUAUUUAGCAGAACAAUUUAUGUGAUUUAUGAUUGUAAAGUGAAAACAUUUUAUUUAUAUUAUUGUUUAUAUGAAAUAAAUUAAUUUACCACAAAA